AUGGACGCAGGUUUAUCGUCCAUGGCUCCAAGAAACGGCCAGUUUUCUGCAAGGGCCCAAUUAAGAAAUAAUCUGCUAAAUAAUGAUAUGGGAAACAUUGAUAUUCAAGAAGAAACUGCCAUUUCAGGAAACAAGGCUGCUAGUAAUAACAGCAAUCAACCUUUUUCCAUUCCACAGCAGCAGAAGCAGCAACAGCAACAGCAAUACUACCGUAACGAUACCAAUGAGGUCCCGAUGCAGCAGCAACGUCAAAUGCAAAUGUAUCCGCAACAGCAACAAUACAACUUCGGGUAUCCUAAUCCGUCUAUGAAUGGAAUACCUGUAAUACAGCAUAACCUGAACAAACCUUCGCCAACCAAUACGCACAAUAAUACUAAUAAUAAAAAAGCGCAUUCUUUAACUCAAAGCUCAUUCUCCAAUUUUUUCAAACAUAAGCACCAAUUUGGGAAGUCAAAAAAAAAUGCAAGAGGAGGAGGACGUGAUGGAAACGGUGAUGGUGAUGACGACGACGACGUGAUUUUGGAAGACUCCGCAAAUCCAGACCUAACAUUCCAUGAUAUCCAGACUUUCGGUCACAAAGGUGGCGACAAAUACGGAUACGGUGGUGAUUCUGCGCCCAUCAUUCCCACACUAGUGACGAAAGAUCGCGGCAAUAUGACCAACACGGAAUAUAGAAAGUAUAUUACUAACCAAAGGAAAACUGCGAUGAAUGCCAUGGCAAAACAAGCACCUCCCAGAGCAAUGUCUUUGCAAAGUUUCCCGAAUGGUAAUCCUGCAAUGCAAGCCCCCACCCCUCAUCCCCAAUUUCAACCGAAUAACGUCGCGAACUCUAACUAUUCAAGAGCAAAUUCAUUGAUGAGUGGGCCUCCUAGACAAAUUCAGCAGCCACUGCAACAGCAAAGGAUGCCUCCAGUGAAUUAUUAUAACAGUCGUUCGGGUCAAUUACAGAAUCAUUCUCAAUCUGCUGUGCGUCAUGGUCAACAGCAACCCCAACAACCGCGUGCUAUGUCAUUAACCAAUGCUGCAAGAUAUUCGUCUCAAAACUCUAGAUCAUUUCUACCUCAACAGAGACAACAACCUCAAUCUGUACCCGAAAACCAUCGUACAAUGUCAUUGCAAACUCAAAACGUCCCCCAAGCACUUAAUCGAUACAUACCAAAUGAUAACGAUCGUAGAGAUUUACUCACGAAGCAACCAACGGGCCAAUCGCUAACUUCUGUUAGAAGUAAUUCCGCUCAUUCAAUACUAAACGCACAAAGUAAACUUCCGAUUGCAUCUUCCUCCUCCUCCUCCUCUUCAGUAGAUGCCACAGCAGCCUCUGAUUUGGUAAAACAAAGGUCUUCGCCAUUGAAAAAUCAAAUGAACAAUAAUCAAUCUGUUGAAAAUAAGGGGAAAUUGAACAUUUUGCAAUUAUCUGCCGCUCAGCAAAUUGAAUUAAAGGAGAAGGAAAGAAAAUUAGCUGAAAUGGAAAAGUCCUUGCGUGAGAGAGAAUUAUUAAUAAAAGAAAAAGAAAGGGCUAGAAAAAUUCUUGAAGCUGGUCAAACCGAGGACACUUCAGGUGAAAUGGACGAUUUGAAUUUACGACCUACAAGCGCGCUGGAAUCAGGUUUAAAAGACCUUACUUUGGAAGGUGAAGGUGUACCGGGCAAUAGAACAUCUUUAGCUACUUUUUCGUCCACUUUUAGUGACUCUCCCUCCAAACAGAAAAUUAUUAAUACCAGGACUGGCAUGUAUAAACUAGAAAACUCCACCGAUAUUAAUGAAUACGUUACUGCGCAAGAGUUUCCUCCACCUGGACAAGAUGAGGCGAAUUUGAAUAAUGAUGAGACCAACACUAUAAAUGAAGACAACUCCGGCCACAAUAGCAGUAAUAGAGAAUCCCUGCUACAAUCCAUACCGGAAAGGCAUCCAAAAAGAAACAUUUCGGAUGCUACUGUCAGGCAGUGCCAAUCUAAUAGUGACAAUAGGAGAUUGAGCAAUGUCAACAUAUCCAUGAAUCAAGAGAAUAUCAACAACGACACAUUUCUGUAUAAAAAAGAUAAUCAUGAUGGUCAUUUAUCAACGGCUUCCUACAUGUCUAGCUCUUCCCAUAGGUCAUUUAUUUCAAGUACGCAACCGUUGAAUAUUGGUUCCACCUCAGAAUCUGAUAAUUUCAUACCAAAUAUGGAUGGUUCACCUUCUAAAAAGAAAGUCGCUCCAACCACCGAUAGCAAAGACCACGCAAAUCACGCUGAAGAGGACUUCAGUUUUGAUAACACUUUGGCUAAACCAUACCAGCCAUUACAUGCCAGAGGGGGAAAGAACACUCUCGCUGAAGUGGCCAAUGGAGAAAAUGGCUCCCAACCUAAGAUGAUAACAAUAUCUGGUGAGCAACUGAACUUAAUAACAGAAAACAAGGAAUUGAUGAAUGAACUGACACUUGUGUCCACCGAAUUAGCAGAAUCGAUAAAGAGAGAAACUGAAUUGGAAGAAAGGAUACGGUUGUAUGAAACUGAUAAUUCAACGUCAAACUUUGAUGACACUUCAAGUGUAUCUUUUUCUGAUUUUGAAAAAGAAUUAAGGAAGAAGUCUGGCAAAAUUGUGCAAUUAAUUCAACAACUAAAUGAUGAGAGGUUGAAGAGGUUCAUUGCCGAGGAGCAACUGUUGCUUCAAGAAAAUGGCACGAAGCCAAGUUCUAUAGAAUUGGUUGGAAGGAUUGAAAACUUGAAUAAACUUAUUGAGGAGAGAGAUUCGGAAAUUGAAAUGCUCAAAAGUCACUUACAAUAA